AUGACGCUCGUUUUUCUAGGGAACUCCGCUCUUCGUCGAGUGUCCAAGUCGGUGGCAAAUGUGCGGUCUCCGGUCAUUCGGAGACUCUUGGAAGCUCUAGAGCACGAAGUGCGUCAGGAAGCUGGCAUCGGGAUCGCUGCACCGCAAGUUGGUCAUAAUUUACGAAUGUUUCUCAUGCUCAAGCACAUGCCAGAGAAUGAGGAAGAUCUGAAGAAACUCGAGUACCAGAAAGUGCUAAACCCUGACAUUUUGGCCGCGUCCGAUGCUGUGAUGCGCGACUUUGAAGGUUGUCUCAGUGUUCCUGGCUACCAGGGCAUUGUCAAGCGAGCACAGCAGGUUCUAGUGCAGUACGAAGAUGGUGAAGGUCGCCAAGUCAAAGAAACGCUGACCGGUUUUCCCGCACGUGUGUUCCAGCACGAGCUGGAUCACCUCAACGGGGUCAUGUACCUCGAUCGCAUGGAACCCGGCAGCCUCAUUCACAAUGAAGAAUUUGAGGCAAUGGAGUGGGAUGACAUUCAACAACUGCUGCUACAAGGACCUGGAUUGACUCCUCCUCCUUUUGCCGUGUCGACAGCUACACAGGCCAGUAGCGACCAUCGAAAGAAGAAGGGCAAAGGCAUUGGCAAGAACAAGGACUAG